AUGGCCGUACCAUAUCGCGUUCGCGAUAAACCCAAACCACUGAAUCCUUACAGCUAUGCGAAGUUUCUGCCAGGCCUAUUCCAGAAAGAUGAAUACUCCGACCUCACCAUCUGCAUACAGGAAGUCCAGACAGGCGAAAUCAAUCUCCCAUGUGACGACCCUGCAUUGAUUCGAAUUAUGGUUCAUUACAUGUACGGUCACGGUUACAGAGCUUCUAAAGCCAAGGGGCUGAAAUCACCAGCUACUGACCCAUGGCUGGACCUCGACAUCUACGCUCUGGCCAACAAAUACGACCUCGAGCCGCUUCAACAAAGCGCUAAGAAUCACUUCAGGGAAUGGGCGGAGCAGGCAUGGUCCAAGCCAGAAUUUCCAUCUGUCGCCGAAAGGAUCUGGGAUAUGGGACACCUGAUUAGUAUUCGGCAUAUGAUUGAAGAAGUCAUCGGCGACCACGCGAAGGACUUGUGUUCUCCCACUGGAAGUGCUGGAGAUUCUUUGAUCAAGAAAGGUCUGGAACAGAAAAGGUUUACUGAGAAGUUCAUCCUUCGCAUCGUGCAGGUGGCGGAAGCCGCGUCUUUUCAGAGUGGUAAGAAUAUCGCGAAUGGUACCCGUUUUGCGACAACGGGAGAAUUUUGGACGACGGUUUGCUGA